UUAACGACCAAUUAUAAAUGAGAAUAAUCGUAUUUAUUUACUUCAAAUCAUCAUAAUUAAUUUAUUCAUUUUCUUACAAGUCACAAGUAUAAUUGGUUGCAUAAUUAUUAGUGUGAAACGUUACAGAUUACAUUUAUUGACGUUCUGCACGAAAAUAUUAUUAUUUACAUUGAAUUCUUAAAAAUAUUGUCAAAUUUUAAUAAGAGUAGUGAGAAUUUCGUAUAUGAGAUGAAUCCCGAUUGAAAUCGCGUUCAAGUGCGUCUCUGGCGACUGCGAAAAAUCAGGUCAUGUAUGGGUAAAGCGUGCAGGGAAUGGUAAAAGAGCGCGUGCGCGGGUUCGCUGCAUCCAGACUCCGGAGUCUGGAUAGUCGUUUUUUCAAAGUUGAUCGUGUAACACGAGUUCUCACUUAAAUCGACUAAAUUGGUGCUAAAUACUUUUAUAUUUUAUUUAAACAAAAUUUUGAAAUCACUAAAUAUUUAUAAACAAAAAUUGAGACUAAAUAUAAAACUUAAGAAACGUUUACACCGAAUUUAAAUAAAUUUUUUCGAGAUAAAAAAUACAACUUAAAAGUAGUAAAUCAAUAAGAUAUAUUCAAAAACAAAAAAAGAAAAAUAAAUAUACAAAAACGUCAUUUUUUUGGUUUUUGAGAUGUUAUAAAAAUUUGCUGCUAUGGACAUAUUUACAGGGCAAGGCAAAAGACUGCGAGCAAAUGUUAUUGAAAUGGAUAUUCAUCCACCAGGAUUACCGGAAAGCAACCGAGUGGUUUUCAAUCAUUUGGACGUAUCUACGCAGGCUAACAUCCAACAUUCCAACGCUCUGACUUACGAAUCGGAUGACGAAAUGUUGAACCGUACAAAUAGAUGUUCUACUCCCCAUUACAACAGAGCAGAUAUUAAAGAACAAUAUUGUAUCACGGAACGAGGACUAGGAGCCUUGGAAACGAAACAAAGCUUAUUCGGUUGUCUAUCGGUUCAUCAAGGUUCGUGUUCUACAAGUACUUCGCUUCUUACCGCUUGCGUUAGACAAAAAGUACCGUCAGAUGAAAAUCUUUACGAUCUGUACAAGAGACAUCCUUCGGAGUACGCGCCGUAUCCGAGAAGAAACAAGUAUCCGUGGGGUCCGGUAGUAUCAGAUAUCUACCGCUACGACGAAGAUCUAAAAUCUUCUUACUUCCGAAGAAAACCCAUAAUCGAUCCGAGUCGUUACACUUGGAUGCCGUCAGACGACGAGUCUAUACGAAUGGAAAAACCCAAAUCUAUAAUGGAAAACGGCCACGAUCGUGUUUCGAAUUCAUCUUCCGGCACUUUACCGGGAAAGAAACACGUUAGUUUCGCUAGAUCCCACACUUUAGCUUCAUUCGACAACGCCAUAUCAACGCUCAGCUGUUCAACCGGACACUUGAAUAAAAUAACAAACAGCCAAGAAAGAUUAUUGGACGUUAGGAAACCCGAAUUACAGCCUAUCAUUACUAAACAACCUGAACAAGAAAUUUAUUGUGAUAAAAUCAAACGGGUACCAAUGAAAACGCAAGCUACGCAAACCGAAGCGGGUCUUGGUAGAAAACCCAUACCGCCGCAUAUCAAUUUAAGCCCUAGAACAAUGCAGAAGGUUAAGAUGGUUUCUCAAGGGGCUCAAACGAACGGUCUAGCGAACAACGGUCGUAAGCUGAUAAAAUCGUAUUCGGAAGCGGGAAGUAAGUUCGGUAUAUCGCCAAUUAACGGCGAAGUUCAUCAUUUCGAAUCAAUUCCGGAUCACGAUCCUUUACAACGCACCCAAUCCGACGAACCGCCUAGAUCUCCUUUCGUAGUUGAGAAACCGAGUACGUUCGCCGCCCCAGAGCGCACUAUACCGACGAUCGAUAGCGAAACAUCGUCUCUAACCAAAUCCGAUCACGAAUCUGAGGAUUCUACGGAAUGUAAGAAGGAAAUCAUGAUUGAUUUCAAGCCACAUCUGUCUCCAACUAAAGAGAAAUCGUCUAAAAGAACUUUGAUGAAAGCUUUAUCUGAUGGAGAGAUUCUUUUGGAACAAAGAAGAGUUAGAAUUUCAGACGACUGUGUUGUCCCAGAAAAACCUCUACAUUCUUUAAGCCACGAAUACGUUUAUAAUAACGAGGAAGAAGAUAGAACGUUCAGUCCGCAUUUUCAAACGACUCCGAUUCAAAAUGAAGACGCUUUCAAACUUCUCGACGACAACCCGUAUCCUUCUCUGGGUAAUAGGAUAUACGAACAAGAAUCUAUAGAAGAAGAUUUCCACGAAAACUUGAUCUACAAUAAAUCCUAUUUAAAUGAUCACGAGUACAACGGAGAACAACACAUCAACAUGGAGAACUGGUUGAAAGAUGAUUCAAUAGUUCCUUCCAUAAGUUUUUUACCGCAUGCUAAGCUAUCUCCGUUCACUUCAAACGAUUCCCUCGCCAACGAUACCAGGGAUCAAUCCGAUGGAAUUUGGAACGAAUCUCAAGCUACUGUACUCCAAGUAGACUCCGGAACGGAAAACGGAACGGUUCUGAGUAGUUCGGAAUUUAAUUCAGCCACAUCGCCGAUAGCGUUAACGCCAUCUUCGAAAAGAAAACAUCUACUGAUGCUUCAACACCAACAAAGAUCUUCCAUGGAUACCGAAAUCCUCGACGAAGAAACUGUGGACCAAAACGUUGCGCUUUCGAGGAAGAUUUCCGUUCUAAAAAACGCGGAAAAUCCCGUCACGUCGCACCAGAGACAAUAUUUAUUUGUGGAAAACGCGGUUAGUACGAGGAAGAAACUUACGCCGGAAACUCCUGUCGGAUCUCCACUUCCCGCAAUUGUUCCCAAUCUUGUACUAUCCAGAACUGAUUCUUGUAGAACUAAUACUGAUAUAUCGGAAAGUACUACUACUGAUGACUAUAUCACUGCCAAUUCCGGUACCGAUAGUUCAAGGAAAAGUGGUUCGGUCAAGGGAAACGGCUUGUACAAUAACCUCCAACCAGCAUACUUAACAGACGGUUCGAGCUUGGAUAGCGCUCGAGGCGUAGAAUUAUUAGGCGACGAUAUGGUAGUCCCACGCUUUUCACCAUCGCCACCGCCUCCCGUUCCAUCGACGGGAGAUUCCUCCCAUAGUCUCUGCAAUACUCCAGUGCCUCACACUCGCACCGGCCGAUCGACUCCGUCCGAGGAAAGCAGCUCCUCUUGUGGAAGUUACAGCGUGGGAUCUACACCGGAUUUGUUGGAUAGAUUUACGGAAACAGUGCCUUCAAGAAAUAAAAAAGUCUGCUCCCAUAACGCCUCUGACGAUGAACGAAGUGUCAGGUAUUCGUCGUCCGGGUAUUAUGAGUCACCCAUGGAAGAUGAUACCACCUGGACGUCUCCGAAAAAUAAGGCUCGUCGUUGCAAAGACCUCACUUUAGAUUUAUCGAACAAUCCCAAGUCAUAUCUAGAAACAUACUCCAUUUUAAGCAGUAAAUCAAACAAAAGAAACAUUAAAGCUUCACCUUCGGGGGAAAAAUCGAAACGAUCGAAAUCGAGAAUGAAGAGUCCGAUGCAAGGUAGCAGAAAGAGCACCCAGCUCAAAAAACAAGCUCAUAUCGUAGAGAAAGAAAAUAAAGCGACCUCAGACGAAUCCAGUUGCGAUCUUGGCGUCAAACAUUUGAGCAAUCAGAGUUCCCCGAGACGAGGGAAGAAAAUUAAAGAGAAUAAUAAGAAGAAAGGGUUGCCGAGAUCUCCGGUCAAUCAAAGAACCAAUGCGGAUAAGAAAGCCUCCAGUUUACCGGGAAGUUUAUCGAGGAAGAAAUCCUCGAAGCAAUCACAAAGUAACACUUUGAUUUCGGAAAAUGAUAAAAACCCGAAGAAGAGUUCGUCUUUAACUCGCCAUGGUUCGAAGGUUGUUGAAGAUUCUACUAAACUCAAAGCUCUGAGCGCGGAAUCAUUAAGAUCUGUUAGUCCCGGUAGCGACAGCGUUUUUUACAGUGAUCCCAGUAGUCAAACUGUCGAUCAUCAAAUUCACUGUUUGCAUUGUGGAAAAGAAGUUGAUAUAGUGACAACAGACGAUCCAGACAAAAGUAUAUCGAGUUUGGAGAACCCCGAGGAGAUCGUACAACCUCCAGCGGGGUUUGAGGAUUCCCCCAGAAUCAAAACCAGCGGUAGAUUAUUCAAAAAGUUGGAAAGAAGAAUUAGAUCAGAGGAAAGAAAUUAUUUGGAAAACAAGAAGAAUCGUUAUAAGUCCGAUGUUAGGGCAAAGUCUGAAGAACGAGGUAAUAAUUUGAAAAAUAAAUUAAGACCAAUGGCAAAAUCGACGAAUAAUAGUCAAGAGCAGUUGAAAGCAGCGGAUUCCAGUCCGAGUGUUUUGCCAGGAGCACCCGAAAAUGAGGAUGAUGUAGGUAUUUACGACGUGUCUUAUAAAGAAGGCUGUUGGAUACAUAUUGACGAAAGAGAAGAAGUUAUAGCUAGGACGUCGUGUUCAAGUCCAAGUGACAAACCAAGUUCUCGUAGAGAUUCGAUUUCGAGUACUGAGUCUGAGCAGGAAUUUCGCAAGAGGUUCCAAGCGGUUACACAUCGAAUGGUUCAUCGAAAAUCUUGUUUAGAAAUGUAUAAGAGACAAACGAAAAAAACGUUUGCAUUACAGAAAUCUUUAACUGAUGCUAAUCCCGAUUUAUUUCCCGACGAAAUAAAAUCUGUCGACUUGAAAAUAAAAUUAGAAGAAAUAUUGAAGAUAAUGUUGUUAGUUUGGUGUCGAAAAAAACAGGCGUUACAGGAUUGUGACAAAAAGGUAGUGGUUCAUAGAGAAUCCGGUGAAUUCGGUUUUCGUAUCCACGGCUCAAAGCCCGUGGUAGUUUCAGCAAUCGAACCAGGUACACCAGCCGAAACGUGCGGUUUAGAAGUUGGGGAUAUUGUGCUUUCCGUGAACGGCGUAAGCGUUUUGGACAAAAACCAUUCGGAAAUCGUCAAAAUGGCGCACGCGGGAAGCGAUACAUUGAAAAUGGAGGUUGCAAGAACAUGUUAUGCUUUAUGUCCUCAAAAAGAAGAAGAUAAUUCGACGAUCUUACAUAGUGGAUACCUUUGGAAACUGAGCGGUUACGCUAGUGGCACUUCCACCAACAAAUGGAUGAGAAGAUGGUUCUGUUUGAAACAAAAUGGUUGUUUAUAUUGCUACAAAACGGACGUUGAUGUACACCCUGUAGACGUGACGAUGUUGCACGACCAAGUAAUCCAAAUAGUAGAUGAUGAAGAGAAUUUUUCCAAGUCGCACGUAUUCGUUGUUCAAAAACAAGAUGGCGUUCCUUUAUAUUUAGCAGCGGAGUCUCGUUGUACUCAAGAAAAAUGGGUGGAAGAAAUGAACAAAUUGAUGAUAGAUAAUAAACAACUUUUGGAUGGUUAUUUAGAAAGAACGAAAAGUAAUUUGUCGUUACCUCCUGGUGCUAUUAAAGAUCCGGAAUGUUUUGGAUAUUUAGUUAAAUUGGGAACACAAUGGAAGAGUUGGAGCAGGAGAUAUUGUAUUUUGAAAGAGGCAUGUUUGUAUUUUUAUCAAGAUGCAAACGCCAAAAAUGCGUUCGGAGUGGCUUAUUUACAUGGUUAUAGAGUACAACUAUAUUUAUCAGGAUCAAAAAAACAUGCCUUUGAAUUAGUACCCUCGGAUAGCAGUAAAAAACAUUAUUAUUUCCAUACGGACUCGGAAACAGACAAAAAACGGUGGAUAGCGGCAUUAGAAUAUUCAAUAGAUCAAUGGAUGAAACUUUAAUGGCUAAAAAUUAUAUAUAUAUUGUGAAAUAUUUUACUUACCUGAAAUAAAAAGACAUACAAUGACCACACCAAAGAAUUUGUAUUAUAAGAACAUUAGCAUUUUAUUUAUAAAUAAAAUAUUUAUUUGUA